AUGCGCAUCGCCGCCCUUCCACGGAUCUUCGCAAGGCGCGGCGUCUCUCAAUUCGCGAGUGUUAGUGAAAAGGCAAAGUACGUGCCUCGACGCUCGCUCCUCUAUGUACCAGCUAGCAAUGAAAAGAUGACGGCGAAGAUACCGAUAAUCAAGUCAGACUCCGUUGUCAUCGAACUCGAAGAUGGCGUAGCGUUGACUGCAAAAGCGGCGGCCCGCAAGAAUGCAGUUAAAUUGCUUGACGAGCUUACAGGUACGAUGAUGUCCAAUUUCGAACUGGGCCUACGUGUGAACUCUGUCUCAAGUGGGCUCAUAGAAGAAGACUUGAAGGAGCUUGCCAAGGCCUCGCAUCUACCAGCUGCUUUCAUGAUCCCGAAAGUUGAUACGCCGGAAGAAGUUGCGACAAUUUACGACCUGUUUCGUACGGCAUAUGGCGCUGACCGAAUUACUGAUACGCCAGUUCGUCUCGUUAUUUGGAUCGAAUCGACCCGCGCGCUUUUGGACAUGCCAAGAAUAGUGUCCUCGAUGAUCAACCUGCAACGCAAUUCCGGUUUCUUCAAGCUGGAUGGCGUCGUCUUUGGAUCCGAUGAUUUUUGUGCAGACAUUGGCGCUACCAGAACGGCCGAGGGACUCGAGAACCUCUAUGCGCGUCAGAGAUUCGUCACUGUCUGCAAAGCCUUUCAAUUACAGGCAAUCGACUCUGUGUAUAUUGACCUGAAGGACGAGGAGGGUCUCAGAAAAUCUUGCCUGCAAGGACACGGAUGGGGCUUCACUGGAAAACAAUGUAUCCACCCUUCACAGCUAGCAACAGUCCAAGAGUGCUUCCGUCCCUCUCCCGACAAGGUCGAAUGGGCAAAAGCGUUGGCCGAUGCGUUCUCGAUGCAUCAACAUAGUGGUACCGGCGCUUUCUCGUUCCGCGGCCAAAUGAUCGACCGCCCGUUGUUGCUGCAAGCGAUGAACAUUUUGCAAAUGGAAGAAAGAAUACAGGGUGGAGGAUUG